AUGAACGACUGGAUAUGUAAAUGCAGACGUCAAAUCAACGAGAUCACAGCUGUGUUAAUGCCCGUUUCUACGGUUCUCUCAGCCUUGUCUCUGACACUGAACUUGAGCUCAGUUGUUGUGUGUUUGCUUCACAGCUAUUUAGCUAAUGAACUAUGCCGAGGAGAACCAGACACACAAAGGGCCGACUGGUUUCUAUUGGAUAGCAGGGUUGUCCGGCAUGUAACCAUUGGGCUGUUUUGCCUUGGAGUUUCAGUUUACUUGGCUGCCAUGUCUAUUUACAUGUUGUUGGUGUUUGAAGUUGAGACGGGCAUAGCCAGUGUGUGCGUGCUCUCCUCCGGUGUUCUCGUCCUGCUAUUUAUCAUUAUUCACUCCCUAAUAAGGGCCGCACAUACAGCCAAACAAUUCCGCAAUGAACAUGCCCACACCAUGUACCACAACAACCCUGAAAACAUUGCUGGAAUCCGUACAUCUAACCCAAGCAUUACAGAAAAGCCAAGGAGGCAACACAGCCUAGACAACCUGCACAGCCAUUUCAUCAACCCCACUCACAUCGAUCCUAAAUCACUGUACUCGCCAUCCAACGGCCCUCACGGUCACUUUGGUGAUAAGGACGGCUACGGUGGCGGUGGGAGCGGAAGGACGCACCGGACACUUUCGACAGAGUCCGGCUUGUUUCAAGCACAGGCCAAACCCUGGAACGGGGUUAACAGUGAGAUGAGAUCUGUACUUGCUCGUAAAGCCACGAUCAAGGAUUCAACUUUAGUAUGAAUGGUAACACAUCUAGUUUGGUGUCAAGAUGGGAAUUAUGUAAUACAGUAUGUGGUUAUAUUUUUAAUAAAUUAAAUGUAGCCUUGGUCAGCAUAAGAGACUUCUCUUCUUAUAAAUGCUGUGUGUCUGUAGACACACAAUAGUCUUAGAAGUCAGACAAAUUAUUUAUGACAUUU